AUGGUAGCCCAAUACAUUGUUAUCUUCAGCGCUAUAUUUGUCCUGACUCAAGGAUCAAAUGUUUUGUCCAUUGAACGGGAGUCGCAGGUAGCAGUCCACUCUGGGGUCGCCUCGUCCGGAGCUCCGGUUGUGGUUGUUCCUCAGGGACAUCCAUCAGUCUACCAACCGCAACGGCCGAUCUACAGCCAUGGCCCAGGAUCCAUUCCAGUCGGAGGAUCUCAUCGUGUGAUCGGAUCAGGAUUGGCUGGUCUUCAUCAUUCAGCCUCGGUAUCCUACAAUCGUCCAGCUACCGUGGUCGUUCCUGCUCCUAGAGUCGUGAUCUCAGCUCCCCGAGUGCUGGCUGCCCCAGUGGUUCCAAUCCGCCAUCCCCAUGGAGUGGCGGCACCAGUUGCUAUUGGUUCUGGUCACGGCAACAUUCAUCAGACUCAUCACCUUGGCCACAAGCCCUAUUAG